GGUCUUCCUCCACAAUUACACCCGACCAAUCAACAGCAGAGCAACGGAUCUCUCCCAGGCUCGGGGAGUUGCGACUGUAGGAGCAGCAAGAGCGGCCUUGCGGCGCAUUGCGCCUGCGUCAAGGGGCCGGAGCUUGGUCCCUCCGGCGGCGUUCUGCUCUCUUUCUUCCCUUCUGCGGGUUCCCUCUGCUGGCGGAGGCGCUUGCCUGUCCCCAGCGUUCCAUGGCCGGCAGCGGGGGGGAACCAUGACUGAUUACGGCGAGGAACAGCGCAAUGAGCUCGAGGCUCUGGAGUCCAUUUACCCGGACUCCUUUACAGUGUUAUCAGAAAAUCCAACGAGUUUCACUAUCACUGUGACAUCUGAAGCAGGGGAGAAUGAUGAAACGGUUCAGACAACCCUUAAAUUCACAUAUGCAGAAAAAUAUCCAGAUGAAGUACCACUCUAUGAAUUGCUUUCGCAAGAGAAUCUUGAAGAUAAUGACAUCACAGACAUUCUAAAAUUAUUACAGGAACAGGCAGAAGAAAACCUGGGCAUGGUCAUGAUCUUCACCCUAGUGUCGGCUAUACAAGAAAAAUUAAAUGAAAUAGUAGACCAGAUAAAAACAAGAAGAGAAGAGGAAAAGAAACAGAAGGAAAAAGAAGCAGAGGAGGCAGAAAAGCAAUGUUUCCAUGGCACUCCAGUCACCAUAGAAAACUUUCUAAGCUGGAAAACAAAAUUUGAUGCAGAGCUCUUAGAAAUUAAAAGAAAAAAGAUGAAGGAGGAAGAACAGUCUGGCAAAAAUAAACUAACGGGAAAACAACUUUUUGAAACUGAUCAUAAUCUUGAUACAUCUGACAUUCAAUUCUUGGAAGAAGCUGGAAACAGUGUGGAAGUGGAUGAAUCCUUGUUUCAGGAAAUGGAUGACUUGGAGUUGGAGGAUGAAGAGGAUGACCCAGACUACAACCCUGUCAGCCUAGAUAGUGACUAGACUGAAAUUGCUGUACUGAUCAGCAGGUGUGAACACUUGUACAGAGAGCGAGAGAGGCAGGAGCGUCACAGUAUCUGUGGCUACACCCCCACAUGCUUUGGUUACCUUUUCUUUUUCUUCAAGAAAAAGACAAAAUAUUUUAGUUUCAGGAGACAUCUCUGGCGACUUUCAUCAAAUAAUAAACUGACUUUAACAUUUGAAA